AUGAUGCUGUGGGGGCCACUGUCAGCCUUGCUUUGUGCGACCGCAUCACUGGCCAUGCGACCGCAGAGCCCGCCGAGCGUCCCUCCCUCGGAUCCGUUGGAAGGGAUCGAUCCCAGCAUGGCGGAGAAUCCCGCGGCGCCCAAGCUCCAGCCCUUCGAGAUCGAUUUGACACUGAAGAACGAGGAGGCGGCGCUGGAGAAGUCCAAAGGAACCCUGGAGGGUAAGCUGCUCUAUGAUGCGCUUCCACAAGAAGUUAGCUUGGAUGACGCCGCCUCCGGCAUCACCGCCGACCUGCAGCAGAGACUGCAGAAGGAGUCCGGACUCACAUGUUCCAUCCAAAAGGAAGGAACCCACGGUAAACAGAUCAAACUCAUCAUGGACAUCACCAGCUAUGAGCUUGGCAAAGUGUUGCCUGAGAAGAUUGCCCAGGACUUUGCAAGUAGCAUGUCGGCGCUGCCGGCGGAGUUGGCUGCACUGAAGGUGCAGAACAUGUAUGAUGAUGUGCUGGCGAAAGUGAAGGACUUUCUCGAAGCCAAGUGGCUUGAGAAGAUCCCACAGCUGCUACGAGAAAAGCUGUCGGAGAGCAAGGUCGAGGCAGACUUGUCGAUUCCACCGAAGCCCAAGCCCAACGCGACGACCGCGAAGACGGAACUGGCCCCGAUGGAAGCCAUCCUGCGGGUGGAGUUGGAAAAGCGGCUGCCUUUGGCCCAAGCUGCAAAACCGGACGCCAACCCGGAGGAGGUUCAGAAAAUGCCCCAGCCGGAGUAUUUGGCGUUGAUACAGCCCAGACUGCAGGAGCAAGCCGCGAGGGCCAUCCGGGACACGCUUGGGGAUGCCCUUCCCUUCAAAAUCACGGCUGAAUGUGAUGCGGAUUUCGGUGGACUCUCCAAGCAUAGCUUUUGGUUGCGACUCAGCCUCUCCAACUUCGACGAGGUCAAAGCGCUGGAGAAGCUGCGUUCGCCCAGCGCAGACCACGCUCAGAAGCUCCUUAGCUUGCUGGAGCAGCUGACCAAAUGUGGAGUGCUUGGUCUUGAUGGCGCAGCGACCAACAUCCGCACAUUUCUCCGCUCUGGUGAGCUCAAAGACUGGCAUGUAGGCCUCGUUCAGCGGAUGGGGCAGCUGCUGGGGACUCCCAUGCAGGAAGUGAACCGAUCAAGCUACAACUGGUUGCAGAAAGAGGCUGCCUCUGGUGUGUGCUGCCGGAGCGAGAGAAGCGGGAAGUCCAAGCAAGAUGAGGUCUUCUGGAUCGCUGCGGAGGUGACCGCAGGAGGUGAGCACACACACGAUGGCGGUUGCCCAGCCCUACAGGAGACGGUGAAUCCACCAUGCGUUGCCACGGCCAAGUCCGGCAAGAAGGUCGUGUUGCAUCACAGGCCCUACACGGAAUGCUUUAACUUGCCCGACUUGAAAGACGGUAAGGCCCCAGAGCGGAUUGCGCCUUUGGUGUCAUCCAAUUGCUGA